ACAGUUCUGUCUCACUCAAUUUCUUCGCUCCCCAGUACCAACUUCUUCCCCUUAAAAUUCCAUCGAAUCCGCCAUAAUUCUCACCUCUUCAUCCCUCGAUCCUCUGUUGAUUGUUUUCCUUCUGGAAAUCCGGAUGCCUUCUAUUUCCGCUUUGGUAGAUUUUAUAGAAUGAGAGAGAGUCGGAAUCAAAUGAUCGGUCGAUUGAGAUAUGAUUUGUUUGUGGUUUGAUUUAGAGUGCUUCGUUUGCUAGCUCUGGUUAUGGAAACGAGCACGCCGAAGCGGGUGACAGGGCGUGACUUGGUCGAGGAGGCCAAAAAGCGUGCUGUGAUCUUGGCAAUGUGCAUCGUGGGCUUGUCGUAUCUCAUGUCAUUAACAAGCUCCUCAGUUUUGGUUAACUUGCCUGUUGCUGCCUCCUUGAUUAUUCUCCUUCGCUAUUUCUCUCUGGAUUUUGAAAUGCGGAGAAAAGCUGCUGCAUACAACAGCAAACCUGUAUCAACAAAUACAUUGGCCCCAAAGAAACCUCCAGAAUUGCCUAAAGUUGCUCCACGGUCUGAUUGGAGAAGGAAAGUAAAUUCUCCUGUUGUUGAGGAUGCAAUAGAUCACUUUACAAGGCAUCUCCUUUCUGAGUGGGUGACAGAUCUGUGGUACUCUAAAGUAACACCUGAUAGACAAGGUCCAGAAGAACUGGUAGAGAUCGUCAAUGGUGUUCUUGGAGAAUUAUCUGAUCGUCUGAGAAAUAUAAAUUUAAUUGAUUUACUGACAAGGGACAUUAUUAAUCUCAUUUGUACCCACUUAGAGCAUUUUCGUGCAAAUCAAGCGAAGAUUGAAAAGCAACAAUCUGCGUCGUUGACUAUUGAAUAUCGAGAUAUUGAAAUAAGGCGCAUCCUGGCUGAUGAGAGCAAAUUGCAUCCUGCUUUAUUCUCACCUGAAGCUGAGCACAAGGUUUUACAACAUUUGAUGGAGGGUCUCAUAUCCUUCACAUUCAGGCCUGAAGACUUGCAGUGCUCUUUCUCCCGUUAUAUUGUCAGGGAGCUUCUUGCUUGUGCUGUAAUGAGACCAGUCCUAAACUUAGCCAAUCCAAGGUUUAUAAAUGAAAGGAUUGAAUCUGUUGUCAUAUAUAUGAUGAAGGCUAAAGGAGUUACCACCACAGAAGAUGCUUCUCAUUGCAAACCAAAUGGUUCUUCAAGAAUUCCGUCUGAUCAUUUUUCAAGGUUUCUAGAUCCUUCUGUUACUGGUGUUGAACUUGUGCAGUUAAAAACUGAUCAGUCCAAAGCUGCUGGUGCAAUGGAUAAUCUGAACGGAACACAACUUUCAAAGGAUCCAUUGCUUUCCAUGGACACUCGAUCCUCCUGUUCAUGGAACUCCCUGCCCAUGAACUCACAAACUAGCAUUGAAAGGGGUGUUCAACAACAUCGUUCUGGAGGGGAAUGGGGUGAUAUGUUAGAUAUCAUUUUGCGUAGAAAGACUGAGGUCCUUGCGCCUGAAAAUUUUGAGAAUAUGUGGACAAAAGGGAGAAACUACAAGAAAAAGGAAGGUGAACAAAGGUUAAUUGAGCAAGUUCCACAGCAUUCCUCUAAGGCGAAGCCUGUUACAGUGGAUCAUUCAAAGGUGAUGACUAAGUCCAUCGCGGAGAAGAACCCAACCAACUUUAGCUCAUCUGAGAGAUCCACUGUUCAUUCUGGAUAUAAUGAUCACCAUACGGUGGAAAAAUCACCUCCCAAAUUAGCUAAAAACACAUCAAAUUGUUCCUCAGUUGUGUCAUUUCAAGAAGGUGAUGAGCACAAUCUCAGUUGUCUGGAGGAGGUUGAAUCAGGAAGCAGCGGUUCAUAUACUUCUGAAGAUGAAGAAACUGGUAAUGUAACUGGUCUUGAUUCCCCCAUAAAAAGGGUUUGGGAUGGUAAAAGUAAUAGAAAUACGUCCGUCACACACAUUCAUCAUCCACUUGAAGAUCCUGAGGGCCACAUGACCAAGAAAACUCAUAGCACGCAUGUUCGGUAUCAAAGAUUAGUAAGAAUACCACCUGGCAGGAAAAUGUCUAGAUUGAACAUUCACAAGUUACCAGUUUGGCAAGAGGUUGAGAGGACAAGCUUUUUAUCUGGAGAUGGACAGGACAUUCUUAAUACUCCAAAAGCUGAUGAUUCUACUGAUGAUUCCGAGACUGAAUUUUUGGGUAGAGUUCACAGUGGAGCACAUGCUUCUUCAUCUGCAGCCUCCAUCUGUAUGCCAGAAAGUCAUAACAUGACAGUUAACUCUUUGCAAAACUCGUUGAUGGUAGAUUCAUUUUAUAAGUUGAGAUGUGAGGUACUGGGUGCAAAUAUUGUGAAGAGUGGUUGCAAAUUGUUUGCUGUUUAUUCCAUAUCCGUUAUGGAUGGAAACAAUAAUGGUUGGUCAAUUAAGAGAAGGUUUCGACAUUUUGAAGAACUGCAUCGGCGCCUCAAAGAGUUUCCGGAGUACAAUCUUCACCUGCCUCCGAAGCAUUUUCUAUCCAGUGGUUUAGAUGUUCUUGUAAUUCAAGAACGGUGUAAAUUGCUUGAUGGACAUUUAAAGAAGCUUCUUCAGCUUCCUAAAGUUUCAGGAUCAAUAGAAGUUUGGGACUUUCUAAGUAUUGAUUCCCAGACAUAUGUAUUCUCAAAUUCCUUUUCUAUAGUUGAAACCCUACCAGUGAAUCUAGAUGAUACCCCAUCUGAAAAGAGAAAAGAAGUCUCAAAUCGUUUUGGGCCUGUGAUGAACCCCUUAUUGACUAGGAUAAAUCACUUGGGCACUGAAAGCAAGGAAUCUGCCCUGCAGAUGAAGCAUAAUCUGGCUGCAGAUGGUGUAAGGAAUAGAAAAGAUAUUGUGAAUUCUCUAGGAAAAAAUCCUGGUGAAGAACAUCUUGGAAAGUCAUCAUCAGAUUUUGGCAUUGAUUCAGAUACUAAAGUGCAAAAUACCUUCUCUAUCAGAAACAUGGGUAAGAAUGUCAAAGAAGAAGAUAGUGAUAGACUGGAAGAUACUUCUGAGAUGCUUCUUGAUGCCGUAACUGACCAAACUCUUCCUAAAGAGUGGGUGCCCCCAAAUUUAACCCUUCCCAUACUAGAUUUGGUGGAUGUCAUUUUCCAGCUCCAGGAAGGUGGAUGGAUCAGGCGGAAAGCAUUUUGGGUGGCAAAACAAAUACUUCAACUUGGAAUGGGUGAUGCUCUGGAUGAUUGGUUGUUGGACAAGAUACAACUUCUGCGCAAGGGGUCAGUGGUUGCUUCAGGAAUCAGGCGGGUUGAGCAGAUACUUUGGCCUGAUGGUAUCUUCAUAACCAAGCAUCCAAAUUCCUGUUGGUAUUGGGUGCAAUCCUCAUUGUGUAAUAUACUUUGGCCUGAUGGUAUCUUCAUAACCAAGCAUCCAAGGCGUCGACAGCAACGUUCCAGUAGCUUAUCCCAAAGUUCACCUCAUGGUCAGCAACCUGCAGAACUAUCUUCACUGAGAUUGAGUGAAGAGCAACAACAGGAAGCAGAGCGUCGGGCAAAAUUUGUUUAUGAGCUGAUGAUUGAAAAUGCACCUGCUGCUAUUGUGGGUCUUGUUGGUCGCAAGGAGUAUGAACAUUGUGCUAAAGACCUCUAUUUCUUUCUUCAGUCCAGUGUCUGUUUGAAGCAACUGGCAUAUGAUCUCCUUGAACUACUGCUUUUAUCUGCAUUUCCUGAGCUGGAUUACGUCUUUAAGCAGUUGCAUGAAGAAAAGCACAAGUUUGGCAAGUUUAAAGCAAACUAGUGGAAUUCCAUACCUGAAAUUUCAGCUAUAGAGAUCAAAUUUACGGUGUCGAGGGCAUCAAUUCCCAUACGGAUCCAAAUUUCCGGACCAAAGAUGAAAAGUAGAAAAGAGAUACAGGUAAAAAAUUUGUAAUUAAUUUUUGACUUUGAGGAAAUUUCAUGUAAAUCAAAAGAAUAGCGCAGAAAUUCACUUCGAAGCUUCAAAUUAACCGUGCUAUUGCUU